AUGAUGAUCUCAAAUGCCUUUAGAAAUGGCUACAAAAUUCACCACCACAUGAACACCAUAUGUCGGAGGCAUUCCAAUUCAGGUUCAGUCGGUGUUCCAAUACAUAAAAUCCAUGUCCAACAAGAACUACAAGUCUCCAAGGCUUUUUAUAGCCGAUUUAAUGGAAGAAGAACGAAAGAGAUGGAGUUUCAUGUUCCAUUUCAUAGCUUUAGUGCUAAAACCUAUAGCCUAUUCUUACUAAAAGCAUCACAGCUUUCCUUAGUUUACACUGCUGCUGAUUUAACAUCUCAGACAAUGACAAGGCUAUCAUUAGAGCCUUAUGAUGUCAUUCGUACUUGUCGUAUGGCUGGAUAUGGAUUGAUCAUUUUAGGUCCCACGCUACAUUUAUGGUUCAACUUCUUGUCAAGAGUGUUCCCUAAGAAAGACGUUUUUACAACGUUGAAAAAGAUAUUCAUGGGACAAACAAUAUAUGGACCUAUUAUGAUGGUUGUAUUCUUCUCAAUCAAUGCAGCCCUACAAGUUAUUGAUUUUCUCUCAUUUUUUAGUCCUUAUGAAGAAGGUGAAAAGUGUAAAGAAAUUGUUGCUCGUUUGAAACGAGACAUGUUGCCAACAAUGAUCAAUAAUGUUAUUUAUUGGCCGAUGUGUGAGUUUAUCAUCUUCAGAUUUGUCCCCGUUCCUUUACAGCCACUCGUGAGCAACUUGUUCUCGUAUGUAUGGACGAUUUACAUCACAUACAUGGCCAACUUAGCAAAAGUAGUCGCCAACUGAUAAAACGUCAUCACAAAACGAGCAACCAACUUAGAUUUACCGAAGGUGGAGUAGUUGAGGCACAACGUUAUUGUAGUCAAGUUACAAGUCAAAUUUGUACAAAUUGUUUACGUGUUUACCAUCGAGCAUAU